AUGUCGAACCAGACUCCCGAAUCUUGGGAGGAUGAGCUCUCCCGGCAGGCGGAGGGUGUCAACCUAAACGCGCAAGGCCGCCCUCAAGGUCAGGCGCCUUCGUUCCAACCUGGUGCGGCGAGCUUCCAGCCUGGCGCUGCCUCCUUCACCCCUGGUGCCUCUUCCUUUGUACCUGGACAGCAAUAUCAGAACUACGGCGGUGGCCAGCAGUAUGGCCAGUACGGUCAGCAAGCAUACGGUUACCCACAACAGGGCUAUGGCCAAUACGGCGCAUAUAACCAGCAGCCCGGUGGUUACAACCAGUACUAUAACCAGCAGCCCGGUGGCUUCCAGCAGCAGCAGCAGCAGCAGCAGCAGCAGCCCCGUCAGAAUGCGCCCGUUGCUCCUCAACAACCUGCCCAGUCUGCCCCCAAGUCCGCCUCGAAUACCUCCGCCGCCCCUCCCAAGGCAAAGGUUCUGUCCAUCGGCGCCACCUCCUCCAGCGCUGCUCCCAAGACCAAGGUGCUCUCGAUCGGAACCCCUACCCCCGCCCCCACCUCGUCGGAUUCCACGAGCAAGGGUGACUCGAUGGGCACUGCGGCUGCCGAUGCUGGCGCCAAGGUGACCGCUGCCAAGGCAAUUGAGAAAACCGAGAAGAAGGCCGACGCAAAGACCGCUUCUAGCGGCCAAUCUUCCCCCACCGCCUCUGGUCGCUCCAGUCCCGGUCGCUCCAGCCCUGCUCGUGGUGAAGUAGCCAAGGCAGCUCGUGCUGCUGAUGCUGUGGCCAAGCAGCAGGCGGCUGAUGUCGAUGAGGCAACCCUGAAAGAAAUCUAUGGUGAGAGGCGAGAGCAUAUCAACGUCGUGUUCAUUGGCCACGUUGACGCUGGCAAGUCCACCCUGGGUGGUUCUUUGCUGUACUGCACUGGCAUGGUGGAUGACCGGACUCUGGACAAGUACAAGAAAGAGGCCAAGGAGGCGGGUCGUGAGACCUGGUACCUGUCAUGGGCUCUGGAUUUGACCAACGAGGAGCGUGCGAAGGGUAAGACUGUUGAAGUCGGCCGUGCAUUCUUCAAGGUGACUAUCCCCCAUCCGGAUGGCCCCAUUGAACGACAGUUCUCCAUUCUCGAUGCACCCGGUCACAAGUCCUACGUUCCUCAUAUGAUUGGAGGUGCAUCUCAGGCCGACCUGGGCUGUCUCGUUAUCUCUGCCCGUAAGGGUGAGUACGAAACUGGCUUCGAGAAGGGUGGUCAGACCCGUGAGCAUGCUCUUCUUGCCCGUAACACUGGUGUCCAGAAGCUGGUCCUCGUCGUUAACAAAAUGGACGAUCCAACUGUCGAAUGGAGCAAGGCUCGUUUCGACGAAUGCACCGUCAAGGUCAUUAAAUUCUUGGAGGCUCUCGGCUACAAGAAGAGCGACAUCUUCUGCAUGCCUAUAUCGGCUCAACGCACUAUCGGCAUCAAGGAUAGGGUGCCUAAAGACCUCGCUCCUUGGUAUGACGGUCCGUCUCUUCUUGAGUUCCUGACGGACUUCAAGCUUCCUGAGCGUAAGAUCAAUGCUCCUUUCAUGAUGCCUAUCAGCGCCAAGUACCGAGACAUGGGUACCAUGGCCGAGGGCCGUAUUGAGUCAGGUGUCAUCAAGAAGAACGGCACUUAUAUCAUGAUGCCCAACAGCACCGAGGUCCAGAUUUCUGCUCUCUAUGGCGAGACCGAAGAUGAAAUUCCGAAUGCUACCUGCGGUGACCAGGUUCGUCUGCGUCUGCGUGGCGUGGAAGAAGAGGAUUUCUUCCCCGGUUUCGUACUCUGCUCGCCUAAGCGCCCUGUCCACUGUGUGUCUGCCUUCGAGGCCAAGAUUCGUAUUCUAGAUCUCAAGAGUAUUCUCACUGCCGGUUUCAACUGUGUCAUGCACGUUCACUCCGCCAUUGAGGAGGUUACUUUCGCCGCUCUCCUGCACAAGCUCGAGCCUGGUACCGGCCGCAAGAGCAAGCGCCCGCCCCCUUUCGCGAACAAGGGCCAGACAAUUAUUGCCCGUCUCGAGGUCACCAGCACUGCUGGCGCAGUCUGCGUCGAACGUUUCGAAGACUAUCAGCAAUUGGGACGUUUCACCUUGAGAGACCAGGGCCAAACCAUUGCUAUUGGUAUGAUCACCAAGCUUAUUCAGUCCGAAAAUGGAGAGUAA